AUGUCCAAACCCACCCACGCCGGCCUCCCCUCCAACCGGUCCAAACUCCUCCAAACCGCCCUCUCCGUCAUAGACGGCUACAAUUCCUGGUCCCUCUCCGAAAUCGCCUCCCCACGCACCAAAGACUGCACGCAGCAAUGCCACCCCAUGUCCCUCAAAGGACCUCUGUACACCAGUCCCGAAGAGUACUGCGAGUACUACAAGACCAUGAUCCCUUUGUUUCGCAACUUCAAAAUGGAGGUUAUAGGCUACGCCGAGGACCAGACGCAGAAUAAGGUGAUUUUCCAUGCGAUGGCUACGGCGGAAACGGAUGUCGGGCCGUAUGAGAACGAGUUUGUGUGGAUGAUCCAGACGACGCAGGAUCAGGACAAGGUGUGUGGUAUUAGGGAGUUCCUUGAUAGUGCGUAUACGGUGGACUUUUUGAAGAAGAUGUGGGAGAGAAUGCAGGAGGAGGGGAAGACGACUUGGGGGUGA